CCAAGGCCAACGUGACAAAAUCACCCUCGAAGAUUUCAUCUUUCUAUUGGGCCACCUCCGUUUGCAGUAUGGAUACUCAUGGGAAGACAUGAUGCGUGAAUUCCAUCAUCUACUCGCCGGAGACGCCCAGGAGUGGUACUGGCUGUUUAUAAAAACGAACCACGUAUCUGAUUGGCCAAAUUUGCAGCACGCGCUCUUAUGUGGGUUCGGUUCGCAUCGUAACGAUUACGAGCUACGUCGAGAUCUCGCCGAACGCCGUCAGCAGCCUGGGGAAUCGGUCGACGCCUUUUUCCAUGCGAUUGAUAUGUUAAGAUCGCGUCUACACAGCCCCAUACCGGAAUACGAGGCCGUAAAAAUCAUCAAAUGCAACCUCCGGGAAUUCUUGGCGCGAAUGGUGUACCCGAUGACGUUUCACACCGUAGAGCAGUUGCGAGUUGAAUGUAUCGAAGCGGAGCGGAGUUUUUUCGACACGGUAUCGGCCAGCGACAGGCGGAGUGUACCAACAGCGAGCACACCAGGUGCAUGA